UUUGUGAUGAGGAGAACAAGGAUAAAAGAACAAAACAUCAACAAGUGACAUUUCUGCCCUCUACCGGUAUUCAUUCAUUCGCCAUUUUGUUGUUGGGACUUGUUCAUUUGAUUUCAAAUCCAGUUUAAUUUAAAUUAAAAUCGUCCAAUUUGUAAUAAGAUGCCGAAAAAAUCCAGAAAGGAAGAGUCCAGCGACUCCGAUUCAGGACCAGACGAUAAAGAACCAAUCAAGAAAAAAGCCAAAUCCGACGACAGCUACCGCACCGAAGACAGCGAACCGACGUGGGACUUGGGCAAAAACCGUUUCGUCAAACUGUCCGACUUCAAAGGCAAAACCUACAUCAACAUCAGAGAAUUCUACAAUGCCGACGGUAGCUUGAAGCCUGGCAAAAAAGGCAUCAUGCUUACCACCGAGCAAUGGCAACGAUUCAAAGCUUCCGUCGAUGAAAUCGAUGAGGAACUCAAGAAGAAGUAAUUUUGUAUUAAUUAGUGUAAGAUGUAUUUAUUAAUUACUUAAUUAAAUAAAGUUCAGUUAAACCUUAAACUCAAUUUCAUUUGUUGGAAAGUAACAAGUAA